CACUCUACUACACUAGCACAAGUUAGUACAGAACAGUUACAGCAUAAUAAGAUGAUGGGUCACGUUGAAAGUGGAGCUACAUGUUUGGUUGCACUUUCACUCGCACUCCACCUUGUAUCAGCAACGACCACCUCUUCUUCCUUGGACGUUGGCGCCGUUAGAGUCGUGAGGGUUCGGAGGGACGGCGCGGGAGACUUUAGGACGGUGACGGACGCCGUUAACAGCAUUCCGUCGGGGAACAAGCGGCGAGUGGUGGUGUGGAUCGGAAGGGGCGUGUAUCGCGAGAAGAUCACCGUAGACAGGUCGAAACCUUUCGUUACGUUUUAUGGAGAAAGGAAUGGGAAUGACAACGACAACGACAGCAGAGACAUCAUGCCCAUCAUAACGUACGACGCCACGGCGUUGCGGUAUGGGACAGUGGACAGCGCCACCGUCGCUGUCGACGCCGACUACUUCGUGGCUGUCAAUGUGGCAUUUGUGAACUCGUCUCCUAGGCCAGAAGAAAACAGUGUUGGUGCACAAGCAUUAGCCAUGAGGAUAUCAGGGGACAAGGCUGCAUUCUUCAACUGCAAGUUCAUUGGAUUUCAGGACACUUUAUGCGAUGAUAAAGGCAGACACUUUUUCAAGGACUGCUACAUCCAAGGCACCUACGAUUUCAUCUUUGGAAAUGGAAAAUCCAUCUACUUGAGAAGUACCAUAGAAUCGGUGGCAAAUGGUUUGAGUGUUAUCACAGCACAAGGUAGGGAAAGCAUGGCAGAAGACACUGGAUUCACUUUCCUGCACUGCAACAUAACGGGGAGUGGUAACGGGAACACUUACCUAGGGCGUGCCUGGAAGAAGAGCCCUAGGGUGGUAUUUGCUUACACUUACAUGGGCUCCCUCAUCAAUACCCAGGGAUGGUUCAACAACCAAGUUGCUCAUGCCAAAUCCAACAACCAGACAAUCUACUAUGGAGAAUAUAGGUGCAUGGGACCAGGAGCUGUUUCCUCUGGCCGCGUAAAAUUUCGGAAGAUACUGUCUAAGGAAGAAGCAAAGCCCUUCUUGAGCAUGGCUUAUAUUCAUGGAGGAACGUGGGUAGUUCCACCUCCCAAGCUGUGAUAUAAAUAACUACCCAUGUGCCAAUUAAUUCAUAUAAGAGAAAAUUUCAUACAUGUAUUAUGAUUGUACUUGUCUGCUGGUGUAACAAAGUGUUGCGUAAACUUUGAAAACAUUGUUGAGUGUAGUACUUGGUUGUUGUAAGAAAGUAUUUAUAUAAGUAAUGUGAUGUAAG